GCGCGAGGCUGCCCGACGGAUCCCUCCAGUUUUCUUCCUUGUCCUCUUUCUCUCGCAUCAAUAUCUGCUGUCACCUUCUUCACCUAACCCCUCUCCUCUCCGCUCCCUGCUCAGCCACCAACUCCAAUCACAAGGCACCCCUGAAAUCCCCUCCCACCGAAAAAAGAAAAAGAAAAAAACCCGUUACUCUCUCGCGUCCAAGGCUGCCUUCCUUCCUCCUUCGAUUCCUCCUUCGUCCGAGACUAGGAUGGAGGCCGAACUUUUGCCUAGAGCUUACUUUGCACCUGGAAUUGCAGCUGCUCCGACUACAGAUGCCUUCAAGUUCUCCAGCCCACUUUGCUGCCGUCUUUCUCUGAGAACACGAGCGGUUUCAGUGUCCUCUUCAAGUCCUGCCAAGCAUCGCAUUUUCUGUGCCAACUCCUCCGCUGGUUUGGAGAAGAAGGAAAGGGUGGACGAAAGUGACACUCUGACACUAGAAAGCGUAAGGCUUUCCUUGAUUCGGCAAGAAGACAGUAUAAUAUACAACCUUUUGGAGAGAUCCCAAUACUGUUACAAUGCCGAUACCUAUAAUCCGGAUGUUUUUUCCAUGAAUGAUUUUCACGGUUCUCUAGUUGAAUACAUCCUUAAAGAAACUGAAAAGCUUCAUGCCAAGGUAGGCAGAUACAAAAGUCCCGAUGAAUAUCCUUUCUUCCCAAAUGAUUUACCUGAACCAUUGUUGCCACCAAUGCAAUAUCCCAAGGUAUUGCAUAAAGUUGCUGAAUCAAUUAAUAUUAACGACACAGUAUGGAACAUGUACUUUAAAGAUCUACUUCCGAGAUUGGUCAAGCUAGGAAAUGAUGGAAAUUGUGGUUCCUCAGCAGUAUGUGACACAAUCUGCCUCCAGGCUCUUUCUAAAAGAAUUCAUUAUGGGAAAUUUGUAGCUGAGUCCAAAUUUCGAGCAAACCCAAGUGACUAUAAAACUGCUAUUGAAGUGCAAGACAGAGAAGGAUUGAUGGCUUUGUUAACAUACCCAGAAGUGGAGGAAAGAGUAAAGGAGAGGGUCGAGCUGAAAGCCAGGACCUUUGCUCUAGAAGUGACAAUGAAAGAAGGCAAAGUUGAAUCUGAAACAGUAUACAAGAUUGAACCAGACUUGGUUGCUGAUCUCUAUGGGAGAUGGAUCAUGCCACUCACAAAGGAAGUCCAAGUUGAGUACUUAUUGAGAAGGUUGGAUUAGGAUGUGAAACCAAGUUUGUUUCUGAAUGUUUUCCACGGUAGGUGAGAUUUUAUAGUAUUCCAAUGUAAAGAUUGAACGAGCAGGAAUUACUGGAUCUGGAAAUUGGGAAGAAACCCUAUAUGCUAUGAAAAUGCAGAUAUUGGUUUUCAUGAAUGAUAUCCAAUAGACGAGGUUCUUCUUUCCUCUUUAGGUCUUUGAUUUUCGAUUGAUAAGUAUGUGUGAGGAUGCAAUGAAGAUUAUUUCAUGAAUGGUAUUCGAUAGAUGAGACUCUUUCUUUCCCCUUUUUGUCAUUUGAGAUAUUAAUUGGGAUCAAUAUGCGUUGUAUCAGUUGGAUGCAGAAGAGCGUUCUCAAGUCAGACAGAGACAGAGAGAGGGCAGGAACAGCAAUGGAGAAGAGGCUGCUGACAUUGGCGGCGGUGCUAUUCGCCCUGGUCGCGGUGGUGCCGGAAGUUUCUGCUACGAGAUGGACUGUUGGAUCGAAAAUGGGGUGGACUACUAAUGUCAACUACACUAUCUGGGCUCAGAAUAUCACGUUCUACAAUGGCGACUGGCUCUUUUUUGUGUACGACAGGAACCAGAUGAACGUGCUGGAGGUGAACAAGACUGACUAUGAGAGCUGCAAUGCCGACCACCCGCUCAAGAACUGGACCAGAGGUGCUGGGAGAGAUGUGGUUCCACUCAACGUGACUCGCCACUACUACUUCAUCAGCGGGAAAGGGUUCUGCUAUGGAGGCAUGAAGCUCGCUGUUCGUGUCGAGAACCCGCCUCCUCCACCAAAGGCCUCACCCGUCAAGAGCGAUGCUCAUUCCUCAAUUCUCAACCGGCCCUAUGUUCUGCCUGCUGUUUUCGCCAUUGGGGCGAUGUGGGAUGCUUUUGUCCACCUCUGGUAGUGAAGUAAAUUUGUUCUUCUUUCCUAGCCAGUACUACCUACAUUGAGGAUGUAACAACACAACCACCACCACCAUCACUGAUGAAAUGGCAUUGGUGGUUAAAUUUGAGCACUUCUCUCUGCAUUAUUUAAUUUGUUUACUUCAACCUUCUUUUUGUUACUUAUCUGGGUGGUGCUGGGUCUAGUGUUUAUUUAUGGUGUCCACUGACGUGAAAAGCUGGAUCAUUGUUUUGUUGAUGUUCUAGUUGAGCUUUCUGGUCUGCUGUGUGCUUUGUAUGACAACUUCAUCCAGCAGAUGAUAGGAAGCUAAUGAUCUGGUGUUUGUGAACUAUUGUUGGGUUGUCGCUUGAAUACAGGGGAACUCUGGUUUGGCCGUUGAGGUAUCAACAUUGAUUUGCCGUUGUAGUAGGGUUCUUGUUGAUUACGAUUUACGGUGGUGUGUCUGAAAUUUGCUUGCAUGAGAGGUUCUUGAAUGAUCAUGGGUGUGACUAUAGCGAAGGGAUCAGAG